AUGGACCAGUCCGGCGGCCAAAGUCGUGAAGGCGAUGAGGGGCAUCAAGAUGAGAACCAAAGCAGCGCUCCUCCAAUCCCUGAACAGGUUCAGAUCGAUGAUUCUCCGGUUUACAGAAUAGAAAGAAAACUAGGAAAGGGAGGUUUCGGGCAAGUUUAUGUCGGUCGAGCCAUCAGUCCAACCUCAAGUGAUCAAACUGGUGUGGAAGCAGCAGAGGUGGCCAUAAAAUUUGAGCAUAAAGACAGCAUAGGAUGUGAAGGUGGCAUCCCUAAUGAGUGGAAAGUUUAUGAUGAUCUGGGUGAAAGUCAUGGCAUACCACUGCCACAAGUACAUUACAAGGGGCAACAAGGUGACUAUUAUGUCAUGGUCAUGGAUUUGCUUGGACCUAAUUUACAAGUCAAUUUGGUCAACAACUUCCCAACCCUUCCAUUGGAAGCAAUUGCAUGUAUUGCCGUUGAAGCAAUAUCUAUACUUGAGAAGCUGCACUCUAGAGGGUACAUCCAUGGUGACAUAAAACCAGGUAACUUUUUGCUUGGUCCUCCAGGAACUCCUGAAGAGAAAAGAUUAUUUCUGACUGACCUUGGAUUAGCUAAGAGAUGGCAAGAUCCCACCACUGGUUCUCACGUUAAGUACGACCAAACUCCAGAAGAUUUCAGAGGAACAAUUCUAUUCGCAAGUGUGCACACUCAACUUGGCAGAACAAGUAGCAGAAGAAACGACCUAGAGUCUCUGGUUUACAUGCUCGUUUAUCUUAUCCGCGGUCAUUUGCCCAGGCAAAGUGAUCAGGGACAAAAAAUGUCUUUCCCUGUUUGCAAGCGAAAGAUGGCCACUGCUCCAGACACACUGUGUGACACUUGUCCUAAGCCUUACCUGCAGUUCACCACGUUUGUGCUUAAUCUGAAAUUCGAUGAAGAACCGAACUAUGCUAGAUACAUUUCUCUCUUCCAUGGGAUCAUUGGUCUAAAUCCAUACGUUUGGCCUGUACACACCGAUGUCGCUCAGGAGGUACCACAUAAGCGAGCGCGGUUAAAUGACGACGACAAGCCAUCAAGGAAAAUACGAAUGGGAUCAAAACUAACACAAUGGAUUAGCAUUUAUGAUAUGCAUCCACCCAUGAGGCAAAGAUACUUCCCUAAUUUGGAUUAUGUCGACCUCAUCUUACACAUUGAGAAGGGACAUGCGGAGGGAAUGUACAUCACCAGUGUGGCCUACAGUUUUCGCUCUAAGUCAUGGGCCUUAAUAAUGGAUGAUAGCGCUGGCUACACUGCUCAGAUUUAUGCUUUUUCAUGCGGCUCUCUUCCAGAGGAAUGGAUUAGGAAACAAUGGUCGAAGAACUUCUACAUCACAGCAGUGGCCGGAGCAGAUGACGACAGAUUUCUAGUUAUAAUGUCCAAGGGGACCUGGAAUAUUCGGCAGUCCUGUAGUGUUUUUGAUAUAUUUCCUUUCAAGUGGAUCAAGAAGAAGUGGGCAGAAGGUUUUUAUGUCACCGCCAUUGCCACUUCCGGGAGCCGGUGGGCAGUAGUUUCAUCAAAAGGAACCAGAUUUACCGACCAGGCCGUAGAGCUAGAUUUUGAGUAUCCGGCUGAAGGCAUCCAUGAAAGGUCAAAGCAGGGCUAUUAUAUCACUUCGGUCGCAGCCAAUCCGGAUGAGGUUGCUUUUAUCUUCAGUAUUCCCGGAGGAGUACCAGCAACUGUAAGUGUAGAGCAAGAGACGCUUCAGACUUUCAAUUUUCCUGAUGAUAGUAUGAUCGAGGAGAAGUGGUCAAGGAAUUACUAUAUUUCCUCCCUUUGCCACGGUUGA